AUGGCCGGUCUCAGAAUGAAAACUGUCAAGGCAGAUUUUCCUAAAUUUGAGGAGAAUGUUGAACAACUCGCUGGAGACUUUGAUAAUGUGGCAAGCAGAGACAAAGCCUUGAACUUGCUGGCUAACCGGCAUGUUGUUUUUGAUCCCAAUUCUCCAGAGGCAAGACGAGUGAGAUGGAAGAUUGACAUGCGUAUCAUGCCAAUGAUAUUCGUUAUAUACUGUCUCCAACUCAUGGACAAAAACAGCUUAUCUUAUGCUGCAAUUAUGGGCAUCAAAAAAGAUACGAAUCUCACAUCCUCACAGUACUCCUGGCUGGGUUCGCUCCUGAAAUUAUCUUCUGAUUUCAAUGAGAAUGGCAGUUUCGGCUACUUAGGAGGUGACAUUCCCGCGACUUUUCUUAUGCAACGGCUACCCCUAUCCAAAUACUUCAGCAUCAUGUGCAUGAUCUGGGGGCUUAUUGUUGCAUUACAUGCAGUAUGCCAUGACUUUGCCAGUUUGGCUGCUGUCCGGUUUUUCCUGGGUGCUAUCGAGGUCUCAACGGUUCCCGUGGCUAUCCUCAUUACCAGCGCCUUUUACACAAAGGAAGAACAAGUCACAAGGGUGGCAAUCUGGUACACAACAUCUGGAUGGGCAGCUGUUUUCGGAGGCUUUCUUGCAUGGGUAAUCUAUCAUGCGAAAGGCUUCCGGUGGCAGGGGCUUUUUGUACUUUAUGGAUCAAUGACGUUUGUGACUGGAGUGUUCUUAUUUCUGUUCCUUGCAGCUUCGCCGACCGAAGCUAAUUGGUUGACUGCGGAAGAAAAAGUGAUAGCUCUGGAACGAGUGAGAAGCAAUAAAACCGGAACUGAGGUCUGGAAAUUCAACGCGUCACAGCUUCGGGAAGCCUUGCUCGACAUCCGCUUGUAUCUGAUUUUCCUGAUGCUUGUUUCGACUGGGAUGCCUAACGGCGGACUCACUGCUUUCGGUAUGCCAGUUUGUGACCUUGAGGCAUUAUUACACAGUAAUGCUAAUUUGAGGGCCGUCUUUGCAGGCCCGACUAUCGUCAAUAACUUUGGCUACGACGUGCCUACCACACAGCUCCUGAACAUGGGUUCUGGUGCGGCUCAAGUAGUCGGCACUAUCCUCGCUCUAUUUGUUGCGAAAUGGACCAACCGCACCAUAGCUGGAGUACUCACACUUGUUCUCGCAUGUAUCGGGGCCGCCAUGAUGCUUGGAAUUUCGAGCUCGAACAACUAUGCCCGUUAUGGUGGCUAUGUGCUUGUCUAUCAAUUCCCAAUUUGCAUCUUGUUCAUAAUUACCUUUAUGACUGCAGGUAUAUCUGGGUCUACGAAAAAAUUUGCCUUUGGGUGUUCCUAUCAACUCGGCUAUGCAGUCGGCAACAUUAUCGGCCCCCAAACAUACAGAGAACAUGAUGCACCUAAUUACUACCCCGCAAAAUACACCAUGCUUGGUUUCUUCACCGUUACUGCCAUCCUAAUUGGUAUCUAUGGCACGCUUCAUCAUCGAUGGAAUCAAAGAAAUGAAAAGCAUGGGACGGCUUCUGUGCCCGGACACUCGAGCGCUAUUGAAAAUGAAGAAUUUGCCGAUCGCACUGAUUUUCAGCUGAGAAACUUUAACUAUCCGGUAUAG